GCGUGGGCCUCGCGAGGCAGACGCCGGCGGACCGACAACAAAGAAAGGGCCCCGGAAGGAGCUGUACUGCCCCCGGACCGGGGGGUGGGGAGGGGAGCACAUUGUUCCGCAGGGCGGGGGCUCUUAAAGGGUCCAGGCAGCCCCCCCUCCCCCCCUGCCCAGCUUGGCCGUCCUAGAUCGGGAACAAAGGAGCCAACGUGUGGCCUGGCGGCCGAAGGGUUGUGAGCCCUGGCCCAGCCCCUCUACCCCUGUGCCACCCCUGAUGCGACCAUGGGCUCUGGCAGUGACUAGGUGGCCACCCUCUGCCCCUGUGGGUCAGCGGCAAUUCUCUGUAGGACCCAGCAGUACCCCGGGCCAGCUCCGGGGAAGCCCCAGCCGCGAGGGCCCCCUGGCCAGCCUGCCUGCCCAGGAUGAGCACUUACCCUCCCAGCAGCCACCGUCCCGACCACACCUCCCUGUAGAGGAGCACCGAGCCUCGGCUCCUGCCGGCAGGAGCCCCCGAAUGCUGCACCCAGCCUCUCAACAGAGCCCGUUCAUGGUUGAUCUCCACGAGCAGGUGCACCAGGGACCCGUCCCUCUGUCCUACACAGUCACCACAGUGACGACCCAAGGCUUCCCCUUGCCUACAGGCCAACACAUCCCUGGCUGCAGUGCCCAGCAGCUCCCAGCAUGCUCCGUGAUGUUCAGCGGGCAGCACUACCCCCUCUGCUGCCUCCCACCCCCGCUGAUCCAGGCGUGUACCAUGCAGCAGCUCCCUGUGCCCUAUCAGGCCUACCCCCACCUCAUCUCCAGUGACCACUACAUCCUGCACCCCCCACCGCCAGCCCCACACCCCCAGCCUGCCCACAUGGCACCUCUUGGGCAGUUUGUAUCGCUGCAGGCCCAGCAUCCACGUAUGCCCCUGCAGCGGCUUGACAAUGAUGUGGACCUUCGGGGGGACCAGCAUCCCCUGGGGAGCUUUACCUACUCCACCUCUGCCCCAGGCCCAGCCCUGUCCCCAUCUAUGCCCCUGCACUACCUGCCCCAUGAUCCACUGCACCAGGAGCUGUCCUUUGGUGUGCCAUAUUCCCACAUGAUGCCUCGGAGACUGAGCACCCAGAGAUACCGCCUGCAACAGCCGCUGCCCCCGCCACCCCCACCGCCACCCCCGCCACCGUAUUACCCCAGCUUCCUGCCCUACUUCCUCUCGAUGCUGCCAAUGUCACCAACAGCAAUGGGGCCCACCAUCAGCCUGGAUCUCGACGUGGAUGAUGUGGAGAUGGAGAACUAUGAGGCCCUCCUGAAUCUGGCAGAGCGGCUAGGAGAUGCGAAGCCCCGAGGCCUCACCAAAGCGGACAUCGAGCAGCUCCCAUCGUACCGCUUUAACCCAGACAGCCAUCAGUCAGAGCAGACACUAUGUGUUGUCUGCUUCAGUGACUUCGAGGCACGGCAGCUGCUCCGAGUCCUCCCCUGCAACCACGAGUUCCACACCAAGUGUGUCGAUAAGUGGUUAAAGGCCAACCGGACGUGUCCCAUUUGCCGGGCCGACGCCUCCGAGGUGCCCAGGGAGGCUGAGUGAGGCCCACAGCUGCCCAGGAUAACCCUGCCCGAAGCUCUGGAAGCUCGGGUUGGGGGGACCUGGGGAGGACGGGGAGGGAGUGGCUCAGGCCUGCCCCGUCAUUCCCGCCUGCAUCUCCAGAGCUGGUGCCAGGGUCAGCCCCGAGAGAAGCCCCUGCAAUAAGCCCCUGCAUUUGCCAAGCUCCAAAGACUCCUGCCCCGAUAUGCCUGCCAGUCUGCCCACCACGGAGCUGCCUGAGUGUCUCUAACUCAGUCUCCCUCCUGUUUGCCCUCAAGUCCGUCUCCUUUACCUGCCAGCCCUGGGAGCCAGGAGUCCAUCCCCCACCCCAGUGCAGCUGGGGGAGAUCCUCAGCCCCAGGGUGGGCAAAGGGAGCUCCAUCCUGGGUUGCCUGGUCUCUUGCACUGAAAUGGUGUGCCAUCUGACUGGUGGUACUGACAGGUGUGUGGACAGAUGGUGGCAUGAGGCCAUUUCCUGAGCGCCCCAGGCCUGGGUCCUCCUGCCUUGACCCCAGACAGAUUCAGGCAGCCAGCCCCACGCAGGCUGCUGUGAGGGGUGGGUCUGGCUCCCUCAAGGACUGUCACCCCAGUCACAACAUUCCAGCCCCACCCCCAGGCUGGAGGGCAUCAGAGCCAGCCUCCUGAGCAGGUGGGAGACAGGCUCUGAGCUGAGGUGGCAUGUAUCUUGAGGGGGCCUGGGCCAUGCAGGGGAGAGUGACCUCCUGUGUUCCUCAUGGCCACCCCUCCCUGGCAUUGAUGGGGGCCAGACCCAUGCCCAAUCUCCCCUCUCUGUUGUUUUGCAUGAACGUGAGGAGUUUUUAUUUAUUCAUUUGGCCCAAAAUCGCGUGUAGGAUUUGGGGGUGUGGAUUUUUAAACAAUUUAUUUUCUUUUGGUUUAAUGGGGGGAUACAGGGACCAACCAGGACCAAGUGCCCAGGGGGCCGGGAAUGGUCUGGUGGUGCCGCCUGGUCUGCAUGCAUGCGUGCGGCUGGGGCUGGGCUGGGCGGCUGGCGGUCACGGGUGGGGUUGGGGGGUGGUCUGUGCUCAGCUGAUAACUGCCAUGCACUGUACUGCACACGUCCCCAGAGCCUACCGGGACCGUACGCUUUUCAGGGCAUUUCUCCCUCCAGCCAGGGCCCAUCUCCCAUCUGACUGGGCUAGUCUCCUCCUAGGAAGUCCCAGGAGGACAGGGACCAGGGAGGGCGUGGAUCCCACCUCCAGGGGCCCCCUCCCAGCCUGAGCCCUGCCCUCCAAGGUCUGGAGGAGGCCCCCUGUAGGGUCUGGCUGAGCUCCCACCUUCUCCCUCCCUGGUCCCGUUCCUUUCCUGUCCUACCCCUAGCUGGGGUUGCUGCCCCUGAACGAACCGCGUGUGGGGCCGGCACAUCCUAGCAGGCAGCCCCUGGCGCCUGCUGCCUCAGGGAUGCUCCAACCACCCUCGUUCUCCCCGCAGCGGCCCUGGCUCCCUGCGUCCCCUCAGCCUGCCAUGGGGCCCCAUCAGCCUGGCCCCACCCCCGUGGAGAACCCAAAGUCUUACUGUAUAUAACUCCAGGUGACGUUUCUAUAUUUAUAGCAGUGUUGAAACCCCACGUGUUUUACACAGAGAACCACCCUCUCCAAACCCCCCCUCCCUUUCCCACCCCAACAAAAGGUUUUCAGAAUCCUUAAGGUUCCUGGGGCAGGCGGAAACAGGCUCUCGGAUUGUGUGUCGGCUGCAGCAAUGAUUCCAACGAGCAGCUAUGGGGGGGGG